AUGAGCAUCAAUACCGCUACGGUGGAUAUCGCCGCCGAAGACGGCAAGUCCAUGGGCCUCUACGUGGCCGCCCCGGACGGCGACGGCAAGAAACCCGCGCUGCUCGUGAUCAUGGAGAUCUUCGGCGUGAACGCCCACAUGAAGGACGUCACCGAACGUUUCGCCAACGAGGGCUACGUGGCCAUUUCCCCGGAUCUCUACUAUCGGCUGGACGAGCGGAUCAUUCCCAACACCGACCGCGACGGCGCUUUCGCCGCCCGCGGCACGCUCUACGACACCAAGGUGGUGGAAGACCUGAACCGCGCCAUUGCGUACGCCAAGGGGCGGGCGGACGUGGACCCCGACCGGGUGGGCAUCAUCGGCUAUUGCUUCGGCGGAAGGGUGUCCUGGAUGGCGGCGUGCAACUGUCCGGGUCUCGCGGCAAGCAGCCUGUACUACGGCGGCCAGAUCGCCGGCGGUCAGCGGGUAUUGGUGGAGAAAGAGGACGGCAUCACCUGGGUCAUUUUCAACCGUCCGGAAAAGCGGAACGCCAUGAGCCCGCAGCUCCACUUCGACAUGUACGACGCGGUGACGGAAGCCGAGGGAGACCCGGAAACCCAGGUGAUGGUCAUCACCGGAGCGGGCAGCAGUUGGUGCGCCGGCAUGGAUCUCAAGGAAUUCUUCCGCGAGGGCGACCAGAACCCCGAGUUUCAGCGGAAGGUGGGUUGGGCCAGCCAGGAGUGGCGCUGGCGGAAGCUCUUCACCUUCCCCAAGCCCACCAUCGCCAUGGUGAACGGCUUUUGCUUCGGCGGCGCCUUCACUCCGCUGGUGGCCUGUGACUUCGCCAUUGCCUCCGAGGACGCGCUCUUCGGGCUGUCCGAAGUCAACUGGGGCAUCCUGCCCGGCGGUCUCGUGAGCAGGGUGGUCACCGACGUGAUGACUCUGCGGGACGGCCUGUACCAUGCCAUGACCGGCGAUCCGUUCGACGGCAAGAAGGCGGCGGAGAUGAGGCUGGUCAACUAUGCGGUGCCCGGGGAUCAGCUCCGGGCGGAAACCGUGAAGCUGGCCAAGAAGCUCAUGGAGAAGAACCCCUGGGCGCUGCGGGCCACCAAGCAGGCCUACAAGCUGGUGCGCAACAUGGACUACUCCCAGGCCGAGGACUAUCUGGCGGCCAAGGCCGCCCAGAUCAAGCUGCAGGAUCGGGAGGGUGGCUACGACCAGGGAAUCAAGCAGUUCAUCGACGACAAGACCUACAAGCCCGGUCUGGUCCCAUGGCCCGGGUCGACAAGGAUUCCUAGGCGAUUGUGCCUUGACUCCGGGAACCCGACUGCAUAG